AUGGUGGGGCUGCACGCGCAGACCCUGCGCUACUACGAACGGGUGGGGCUGGUAUUUCCCUCACGGUCGGGCGGACGGCAGCGACUGUACUCCAUGGCCGACGUGGACCGGCUGCGCAAGAUAAAGACGUUCACCGACGAGAUGGGGGUCAACCUGGCAGGCGCGGAGGUGGCGCUGAAGCUGAUCGACCACAUAACUGAACUGGAGAACCAGGUGGAAACAUUGACCAACGAAGUGGUCCGACUGCGCGCGGCCGACGACGGCAUGACACGCAAUAAUUCAAUCAGGAGGUAA